UCUAAGGAAUAGAAGAAAAUGGCGAGAUACGACAGAGCGAUAACGGUGUUCUCGCCGGACGGCCAUUUGUUCCAAGUCGAAUAUGCCCUCGAAGCUGUCCGUAAGGGUAACGCCGCAGUUGGUGUACGCGGCACUGACAUCGUUGUCCUUGGUGUCGAGAAAAAAUCCGCCGCCAAACUCCAGGACUCCAGAUCGGUUAGGAAGAUUGUGAAUUUGGAUGAUCACAUUGCAUUGGCAUGUGCUGGACUCAAAGCAGAUGCUCGUGUCCUCAUAAAUAGGGCUCGGAUCGAAUGUCAAAGCCACAGGCUGACUGUUGAAGAUCCGGUUACCGUUGAGUAUAUUACUCGUUAUAUUGCAGGUCUUCAGCAGAAGUAUACUCAAAGUGGAGGUGUUAGGCCGUUUGGUCUCUCUACUCUGAUUGUGGGAUUUGAUCCGUAUAGCGGUGUGCCAUCACUAUAUCAGACAGAUCCGUCGGGUACAUUUUCCGCUUGGAAAGCUAAUGCAACUGGGAGAAACUCAAAUUCAAUUCGGGAAUUCCUAGAGAAGAAUUAUAAGGAGACCUCUGGGCAAGAAACCAUUAAGCUUGCAAUUCGUGCAUUGCUUGAGGUUGUUGAGAGUGGCGGAAAGAACAUUGAAGUUGCUGUGAUGACUAAGGAGGGUCUGCGGCAGCUUGACGAAGCUGAAAUUGAUGCAAUUGCAGCAGAGAUUGAAGCAGAGAAGGAAGCUGUUGAGGCUGCAAAGAAGGCCCCUCCAAAGGAAAAAUGAAGCAUCAGCUGUUAACUUUUCAUUUCUUUUGCUAUUUUCUUCUAUUCGACUGGCUUUGAAGUUUGUUUCAUUGUACACAUGAGGGAUUUGUUUACCAUUGGUUAUUUCAGUUAAGAAUUUCAACA